AUGGAAGCUGGGUCUGUUCUGCGUGCCACAAGCUCAAGGUCCCGCCGCUCUUCCAUAUGGAAUGGAGAUCAGGUCUUCUCAAGGUCCAGGCACAGUGAAGACGACGAGGAGGAUCUAACAUGGGCAGCCAUCGAGAGGCUGCCGACUUACAAUAGAAUGAGGAAAGGCAUUCUGAACUUGGCUGAAGGAGGUAAGAAGGAAGUUGAUAUAGAGAGUCUCGGGUUUCUGGAGAGGAGGGAGUUGUUGGAGAAGUUGGUGAGAGUGGCAGAUGAUGAUAAUGAGAAGUUCUUGCUGAGAAUCAGAAACAGGAUUGAUAAUGUUGGGAUUGAAUUGCCAACCAUCGAAGUACGGUAUGAGAACCUUAAUGUUAAAGCUGAAGCAUAUGUGGGCAACAGAGGAUUGCCUACGCUGCUCAAUUCUGUCAAAAACGUGCUUGAGGCUUUUGCCAACAACCUUCACAUUCUACCAAGCAGGAAGAAACCAUUAACCUUACUUCAUAAUGUUAGUGGACUCAUAAAGCCUAGAAGGAUGACUCUACUCUUAGGACCUCCUGGUUCAGGGAAGACCACUUUACUGCUGGCUCUAGCUGGAAAAUUGGACUCUGAUGUGAAGGUUUCAGGAAGAGUGACUUACAAUGGUCAAGAAAUGAAUAAGUUUGUACCUCAAAGAAAUGCUGCCUAUAUCAGCCAGUAUGAUGUCCAUAUCGGAGAAAUGACGGUUCGAGAAACACUAUCAUUCUCUGCAAGGUGUCAAGGAGUUGGUAAACGUUAUGAUAUGUUGGCAGAGCUUUCAAGGAGAGAGAAAGCAGCAAAUAUAAAGCCAGACCCUGACGUUGAUGUCUUUAUGAAGGCAAGUUCAAUGGAAGGACAAGAGACGGGUCUAGUAACUGAUUAUGUACUAAAGAUUUUAGGGCUGGACAUCUGUGCUGACACAAUGAUUGGAGAUGAGAUGAUUAGAGGUAUUUCUGGAGGACAGAAGAAAAGAGUUACAACAGGUGAGAUGAUUGUUGGACCAGCAAGUGCUUUGUUCAUGGAUGAGAUAUCCACAGGACUUGACACCUCCACAACUUACCAAAUUGUCAGCUCAUUGAGACAAUAUAUACAUAUACUUGAUGGAACCGCUGUUAUUUCCCUUCUCCAGCCAGCACCAGAAACAUUUGACCUCUUUGAUGAUAUAAUUCUUCUCUCGGAUGCUCAAAUUGUGUACCAUGGCCCUCGUGAGAAUGUCCUUGAAUUCUUUGAAUUGAUGGGCUUCAAAUGCCCGGAGAGAAAAGGGGUUGCGGAUUUCUUGCAGGAAGUUACAUCAAGGAAAGAUCAGCAGCAGUAUUGGGCACGUGACGAAGAACCUUACAGAUAUGUAACUGCAAGAGAAUUCUCAGAAGCAUUCCAAUCAUUCCAUAUCGGUGACAAAUUAACGAAGGAGCUUGCUGUCCCAUUCGACGCGAGAAAGGGACAUCCUGCAGCUUUAACAACUUCAAAAUAUGGUGUGAGCAAAAAGGAACUGCUAAAAGCUUGCAUCUCAAGAGAAUUAUUGCUGAUGAAGCGCAACUGGUUUGCAUAUGUUUUCAGAGCAAUUCAGCUACUGCUUUUAGCAUCUAUUGCAAUGACGCUGUUCCUAAGGACAAAUAUGCACCGUGAUUCAGUCUUGGAUGGUGGAAUUUUUGUGGGUUCAUUGUUCUUCUCUAUACAGACGAUCGUGUUUAAUGGGCUCACAGAGAUUCCAUUGACAAUUUGGAAACUCCCAGUCUUCCUCAAGCAAAGAGACUACCUCUUCUAUCCUGCAUGGGCAUAUACAUUACCUUCGUGGAUUCUGAAGAUUCCCAUAGCUCUAGUUGAAGUUGGUACCUGGGUGUUUGUCAGCUAUUAUGUUAUAGGUUAUGAUCCUAAUGUUGGAAGGUUUUUUAAACAGUAUUUGCUGUUUUUAGCACUCCAACAGGCAAUGUCUGCGUUCUUUCGUUUAAUUGCUGGAUUGAGCAGAGACAUGGUUGUUGCUAAUUCUUUAGGAUCAUUUGCACUGCUUGUGGUCGUAGCAUUGGCUGGAUUUGUUCUAUCACACGAUGACAUGAAGAAAUGGUGGAUAUGGGGCUACUGGAUCUCACCUAUGAUGUACUCCUUGAAUGCUCUAGCAACAAAUGAGUUCCUUGGGAAAAGCUGGAAACAUAUUCUUCCUGGGUCAACAGAAUCAUUAGGGGUGACCAUCUUGAAGUCUCGUGGAACCUUUACAGAAGCAAAAUGGUAUUGGAUAGGUUUUGGAGCAUUGAUUGGCUUCAUAUUCCUUUUUAAUUUUCUUUUCACGGUGGCUCUUACCUUUGUAAAACCAUUUGGAAAAUCCCAGCCAAUCAUAUCUGAGGAGACGUUGAAGGAGAAACAAGCAAAUAUUACUGGAGAGAUAACUGAAAUAUCAUCAACAGCAAAGAGCUCUGAAGGUUUUUCCACAUCCAAAACUAGACGGAAUGAAAACAGGAUUGGAACAAAAAAUGUAGAAGCCAUUGCAGAAUCCAAAUUGAACAAGAAAGGAAUGGUUCUUCCUUUUGCACCACUUUUAAUGACAUUUCAAAAUAUAAGAUACUCAGUGGACAUGCCACAGGAGAUAAAGGCACAAGGUGCUCAGGAAAACCGAUUAGAACUUCUAAGGGGUGUAAGUGGAUGUUUUAGACCAGGUGUGCUCACAGCUCUAAUGGGUGUAACUGGAGCAGGUAAGACUACAUUGUUGGAUGUCUUGGCUGGGAGAAAAACUGGAGGAUAUGUAGAGGGGAGCAUAAUGAUAAAUGGGUAUCCAAAGAAACAAAUAACAUUUGCUCGAGUGUCAGGAUACUGUGAACAGAAUGAUAUACAUUCCCCUCUCGUAACAGUUUAUGAAUCCCUAGUCUAUUCUGCAUGGCUCAGAUUGCCGGUUGAAGUAGAUUCUUCAACAAGAAAGAUGUUUAUAGAAGAGGUUAUGGAGCUUUUGGAACUUGCUCCGUUGAGGGGGGCACUAAUAGGAUUGCCAGGAGUGAAUGGCUUAACAAGGGAGCAACGAAAGAGGCUAACAAUUUCUGUUGAGCUUGUUUCUAAUCCGACAAUUAUAUUCAUGGAUGAGCCUACCUCUGGGCUUGAUGCAAGGGCUGCUGCAAUAGUUAUGCGAACUGUGAGGAAUAUUGUAGACACAGGAAGAACAGUGGUGUGCACAAUCCAUCAGCCUAGCAUUGAUAUAUUUGAAGCUUUUGAUGAGCUCUUUCUAAUGAAGAGAGGUGGCCAAGAAAUUUAUGUAGGGCCAUUAGGUCAUCAUUCUUGUCAUAUUAUUGAGUACUUUGAGAGAUUUGAAGGAGUGGGCAAGAUAAAAGAUGGCUAUAAUCCCGCAACAUGGAUGUUAGAAGUGACUACGAGGGCACAAGAAGAAAGGUUGGGCAUUGAUUUCAGUGAUUCUUACAAGAACUCUGCGCUAUUUCAAAAGAACAAGUCUUUGAUCACGGAGCUGAGCAUACCUCCUCCUGAAUCAAGUGAUCUUUACUUCGCAACCAAGUACUCACAAUCUUUCGUUUCACAAUGUAUGAUUUGCUUAUGGAAACAACACCUUUCAUACUGGAGAAAUCUUCCAUACACUGCAACGAGGUAUUUAUUCACAUCGGGCAUAGCCUUGAUCUUUGGAACAAUUUUCUGGGAUCUUGGUAGUAAAAUGAGAAAACAACAAGACUUAUUCAAUGCAAUGGGCUCAAUGUAUACUGCUGUUUUAUUCAUCGGGGUGUCAAAUUCCUCCUCUGUUCAACCAGUGGUGUCAGUUGAGCGAACAGUCUUUUAUAGGGAAAGAGCAGCAGGAAUGUACUCAAGUUUACCAUAUGCAUUUGGACAGGUCGCAAUUGAGAUCCCAUAUGUAUUGGGUCAGGCUAUCGUUUAUGGGGUCAUAGUCUAUUCAAUGAUUGGAUUUGAAUGGACAACUGCCAAGUUCUUUUGGUAUUUGUUCAUUAUGUAUUUCACGUUCCUAUACUUCACAUACUAUGGAAUGAUGUGUGUGGGCUUCACACCCAAUUUAAACGUGGGUACGAUAGCAUCUACAUGGUUUUAUUUAUUAUGGAAUCUUUUCUCGGGUAUGAUAAUUCCACGACCGAGGGUUCCGGUAUGGUGGAGAUGGUAUUUCUGGGCAUGCCCAGUUUCAUGGACACUUUAUGGAUUGGUAGCUUCACAGUUUGGAGAUAUAGAAGACAAGCUUGACACUGGUGAGGUUGUCUCUCAUUUUGUGAGAAACUAUUUUGGAUUCAGACAUGAUUUCUUAGGAGUAGUUGCAGCUGCAAUUGUUGGGUUUCCAACACUCUUUGCCUUCUUGUUCGGAUUUUCAAUUAAAGCUCUGAACUUCCAAAGAAGAUGAAGGCAUCCCCAUGAAGUUAGCCAAGAUGUCAUGGUGGCAGGAAUUUAAAAUCUAUUCAUGUUUUCACUAUUCUUCCAUGAAAAGAAAGAAAUGUUACACUGCAUCCAUGUAUUCUCAUCAACAAUAAGUUUUUAGGCAAAAAUUAGGAGGCCCUGGCAGUUUGUAUCAUAUAUGAUUAAACAUUAAUUAAAUAACUAAAUAUUACUUUUUUUAGAAGUUUCUAGAUGCAAAAUUAGGGGGUGGAAUCGGCAUAUUCACUUUAUAAACAUUCUGAUAUUAAUGAAUAAAAAGAUAUAUUCCUCCUAAAUUAAUGACCAGAGGAUGAUGCUCUUAAAGCUAUUUCUUACUUCUUAGAUAUACCAGUGCAAAUAUAUAACUUGAGUGACAAAUAUUAGGAAGAGGUGUUAACACCUAUUCAAACUCAAUUCAUUUUAUAGAAUGAAAUGUGAGCAAAAUACAUUUAUUUUUGAAUGGUUUUAUAUAGCAGCUUGGUUAGUGCAAGUGUUGUACUUAUGAAGAUAUCCAAUCGUUUCUUUCAUAACAACUCCCGCUAAACAUAAUUAUUUAUCUAUAUGACUUUGUUAUAGCACUCAGGCCCUCCUCCAUCCAUAAGCACAUGCAUUUAAGAGAAUGAAAAUAACGGUUAGUAAUCUUGUGAGUUUUUUGACCUUCUGACUUGAGUCGCAAGUGUGCUUAGGUUACUCUUGAUUUUCAUGUGGUGUUUCUCGUAUCUAUUCUAGACUAGCAACUUCUCCAGUUAAGCGUACUUUUUAGUGGAGGUUUCUUUUGACAAGUCUUGAGUUGUUGUAUGAUAAAAGUUCAUUAAAUAUAAUAUUUGUAUUCCAAAUAACUCUUUACCCUUUAUCAAUCUCAGGUUUUAAUUUUGAUAUUGUGGCCUAAUUUAGGUAAUAUCAGCUUGAUGCCAAGUUAGAAACCACAUUUUUAGCCUUUUUUUUUUUUUGUCAUUAAACAUAAUGAAGACAAAACUAAAGAGAUUCAGGAGGAAGCUUCUUUUCUACCUAUGAUGGAAAGGAAGUGGAUCCCGGAAUUUAAGAGUAAACUUUUAGACAAGGGAGCCUUCUAUCAAUGGGGAGGCUAGUCUUGCCUGUUUAAAUUUGCUUAUCCACAAGGUCAUACUAUUGGCUUUUGGAUUUAUCUGGCUUGUCCUUUUCAUUAUGCCUAUAAGGAAAAAUUAGACACUCUAUCACCAUCAUUGCAUUUUCUGAAAGUUGGACUAGAUGUUCCAACUUGAGUGCAUGCCCUGAUUAGAAGCUAAGAGCUGUAAUAACCUUAAUUUUCACAUAGUUAAAGACUCAUUAAUGGCCUAAUUGAUCCCUAUGAAAAUUCUUACAUGCAUGAACAUUUAUGUGGGAGUGUUGUGGCACUAUUCUUGCGAGCGUGGUGAUCCUAGCCUCACUGUAUUUUGAAUUCUGGCCAUGAAAACAUAAACAACUUUCAAUAUUAUUAUAUAUCAUAAACAUUUGCAUGAGUUUAUACCCUGGUUUAUAUUUUUGUUGAUGAUAUUCUUCCUGUUGAUAAGACUAGAGAGGGAGUUUAAGAAAAACUUGAAUUAUAAAGAUUAAACAUAUAGUCUAAAGGUUUCCAUUUAAGUAGACCUAAAACUAACUACAGUAUAAUUUUAGUAGUAAUAGAUCUAGUGGGAGGAUUGUGACUUUUGGUGAUCAAAUCAUUGAUAAGAAUACAUGUUUUAGAUAUCUCAGGUCUAUUGUUUAAAGUGAUGGUGAAAUAGAUGAGGAUAUUAUUAGUAGAAUUCAAGUUAGAUGAUUAAGUGGAGGAAUGCAUAGGGCAUGUUGUGUGACAUAUAAGUACCCCUCAAACUUCAGUGAAAUUUCUAUAAAAAGUUGGUUGGUGAGACCUACCAUGCUUUAUGGCAUAGAAUGUUGGCUAUUAAAACAGAAGCAUAGAAUUAACUAUUGCAAAGUUGAGGAUGCUCAGGUGGAUGAGCGGCUUCACUCAUAGAGAUAGAAUGUGAAACAAGUAUAUUCAUAAAAAGGUUGGAGUAGCUCCAGUGGCACAUAAAAUUAGAGAGAGUCACCUUAGA